CAAUCCGGUCAAACAAACUUCAAACAAACUACAAGUAAUCUGCCCCCGAUCAAAACUACGGAGAAACCACUCCCACUUCAAAUCAACGAAUCUCUCUGCGAUAUAUACUCUCUCUCUCUCUCUCUCUCUCUCUAUCUCCAAUGCUAUGCAAAAUUUUCUCUGCCUGACAGAUGAAUAAGCUAUGCAAAAGUUACCUGGUUCUGCUAGGGUUUAUUGUUUGCGUAACAAUUCGUAGUUAUGGGGAAUCGUCGACUUGCUUGAUGGUAUACAAAGAAGGUGGAGCUCCGGCCGUGUUUCAGUCCCCUAAAUGCCCCCUCUGGAAGCUCUCCAAUUACGCCUCCCAUCCACGGACUGCGAGGUGUCAGUCCGCUACGCAUCAGGGACGUCGAAACUCUCAGGAGGAUCGCACUCUCUGUGUUCUCGAUCUUCGAAUUCCCUUUCCCGGUCCUGCAGGAGUUACAGAGGUUACAGUUGGUAUAAUGGCAGUUUUUGAUGGUCAUAAUGGUGCUGAAGCUAGUGAGAUGGCUUCAAAGCUAUUGCUCGAGUAUUUCAUGUUGCAUACAUUUUUUCUUCUCGACACAACAUUUUUGUUUUUAUCAAAGAAAUCCAUGCGAAGGUUGCCACAUAACGGAGAACAUGAUAUUAUUUUCCAAGCAUUUAAUUGGGAUUAUAUACUGGAUUGGCGUGUGUCAGAUCAUGGAAGGUUUGAGCUUUCACCAUCAGCAAUCUUUGGUGGAUCAUUUCACUUGGAAAUUUUGAAGGAAUCAUUGCUGAGGGCAAUUCGCGAUAUUGAUGCAACAUUCUCUAAGGAAGCAUCUAGAGAUAAUCUUGAUUCAGGCUCUACAGCCACAGUUAUACUAAUAGCAGAUGAUCAAAUCUUAGUUGCUAAUGUUGGAGACUCGAAGGCUCUUUUGUGCUCUGAAGAAUUUCAAUCUGUAUCAGAGGCUAAAGCCACUUUGUUGAGGUUAUACAGGCAAAGAAGACAUAAUGGUGCUAUUCCACCCAUUAAAUACAAUGAUGGAUCUAAAUUGGCAGUUUCCAAUGGGUUGGCUCAUUUUUCUGCUAAGGAACUGACAACAGAUCAUCAUCCAGACAGAGAUGAUGAAAGGUCCCGGGUGGAAUCUGCUGGGGGUCAUGUACUUGAAUGGGGUGGUGUGUCACGAGUUAAUGGCCAGUUGGCUGUUUCACGAGCUAUUGGUGAUAUUUCCUUUAAAAGCUAUGGUGUUAUAUCUGCACCAGAGCUGACAGAUUGGCAACCUCUGACUUCCAAUGACAGCUACCUGGUGGUUGCAUCUGAUGGCAUUUUUGAGAAGCUGAGCCCACAGGGUGUUUGUGAUCUAUUGUGGGAGUUUCAUAAUAAUGGCACUGUGAGAUCAGAUCUUUCUGCGUCGUGCUCAUACUCGUUAGCUGAUUGCAUAGUGAAUUCUGCAUUAGAAAAAGGUAGUAUAGAUAACAUGGCAGCUGUUGUAGUUCCACUUAGAUCAGCUGGUUUUUCUCAAACCUUGCUGAAGGAAAGGUUGGAUAGAGGAGACAGUGAUUGGUUGGCUUUUGGAGUGCAGAAGUUCAUUGAGAAAGAGCCGGACUUGGAGCAUGCUCACCCAAUUGUGGCCAAGUUUGACAGGUUAUUGGUUGAAGGAAAGCACGGAACAGUUGGUUGUUUUUAUCUAUCCGAGAACCUUAAUGAAAAUGUGGAUUAUACAUUCUGGGCUCAAAAGGUCGACCACCAAGAUAUGUAUGACUUACCACAGGCGUUACCUGAUGCACUUGAUCACCAUUAUGGUGGACCUUUAAAUUUGUAUAAUGACCAGAAUAUGUGCUUGCAAUUUGGGAUGACUGUUAACGGGGAUAAUGAUAAAUGUAUAAAUCCUGAAGGCUUUGCUGGUUUCCUUGGUUUUCUUGAAUCAAUUCCUAUCCAUGAUAAUGGUUCAGAUUAUGGAUCAGCUGAGCAUGCUAUGCCUGACUCGAGGUACAUUCUAAAGAAACGGUUUGGUCGUGGAGCAUUUGGAGAAGUAUGGCUGGCAUUUAAUUGGAAUUGUACUGAAGGCAGCAAUGCUUCCAAUGGUGGCCUAAAAAACGGAAAAUGUUCAUUUAAUACUAUUCACCUUGACAAUUAUGAUAGAAAUUCCCAAGCAAACUCAUCUGCUCGUGAUUUUUACUAUGGUGCUCCUGAUGAUGACUUGUUCAUUCUAAAGCGUAUAAUGGUGGAGAGAGGGACCAGUGUUUACUUAAGUGGCCUACGGGAGAAGCAUUUUGGUGAAGUCUUCUUAAAUGCCUCUUCAUUUCUAGGAGGUUUUCUGUCAACUGGAAAAUCAGAGUCAGUCUCAAAAGAAUCUCAAUCAGUUUUGUAUGAUCUUUCAAAAACAAAUGACUCAGUUGCUCAGGAGAUUGGGGAUGCAUGGAAUUUUGAUAGUAUAUCCCGAAACAGAAAUAGACUGCAGAGAGUUGCCUUUGAAGAAGGUGUGAACCAUAUUGCAAGAUAUGUAGAGUUUUUUGAGUCUCGAUCUAAUGACAUAUGGCUUGUAUUUCGUCACGAAGGUGUGUCCUUGUCAAAGAUUUUGUACACAGCGGAAGAAAUUGAAAAUAAUGCUGAUGAUGCAAGGGAUGAACACACAAAACAUGUCCAGGUACUGCAUCCAUCAAAAUGGUGGCAUGGGUUGAAGAUGACCGAGGCAGGACAGGAGGAAAUGCGGAACCUUAUAUGGCAAUUGUUGAUGGCACUUAAAUCCUGUCAUGAUCGCAAUAUCACCCACAGGGAUAUUAAACCUGAGAACAUGGUCAUUUGCUUUGAAGAUCAGGACUCUGGGAGAUGCUUGAAGGGAAUUCCAAGUGGAGAUAAGAAAUACACAACAAAAAUGCGCAUAAUUGACUUCGGUAGUGCGAUGGAUGUGUUCACCAUGAAGCAUUUAUAUGGUUCAGUGGGACCUUCUAGAGCGGAACAAACAUAUGAGUAUACUCCUCCAGAAGCUCUUCUAAAUGCUAGCUGGUACAAGGGACAAAUGCAGACAACUUUGAAGUAUGACAUGUGGAGCGCAGGUGUUGUGUUCUUGGAAUUGAUUUUAGGAUCACCAGAUGUGUUUCAGAUAAGUGCCUUAACACGUGUUCUUUUGGACCAACAUCUUGAAGGUUGGAAUGAUGGCUUAAAGGAGCUUGCACAUAAACUCCGAUCAUUCAUGGAACUGUGCAUCUUAAUUCCUGGGAGUUCCUCAAAAAAUCAUCGCAUUUCGGGUACAAAGGGUGGGGCUGCAUUUUCACCAGCUUCCUGGAAAUGCUCUGAAGAGUAUUUUUCCCAGCAAAUAAAGAGUAGAGAUCCUCUCAAAAUAGGGUUUCCUAAUGUUUGGGCUUUGCGAUUAGUACGCCAGUUAUUAGUUUGGGAUCCAGAUGAGCGAUCGAGUGUUGAUGAGGCUUUGCAGCAUCCUUAUUUCCAACCCCAACCCAAAGGGUGAACUCAUGGGAAGGUCUAGUUUAUGCACCCCUUGUCACAAAAUUGAGUUGUAUGUGCUUAAAAGGUUCUUCAACUCACUUCUCUGUGACUUUGGGUACAUAGUUACUUCAUUGGAAAGAUGUUCACACACCAGAAUUAUGAAGCUUUAUAAAAAAAUGUUUGCUACAAUUGGAAUGUUGAAUGUGUUGAAACCUAGGAUUUGUCCUAAAUUUUCAGGUGCUAGGUGCCUCUCUGGACGGACUGCUGCGAUGUGGCACCACAUUCGGGUGCUUAAUUGAAAAUGGGCGUUGCUUUAUCCAGUAUCUGGUGAUGAGAGUUCUUUCGGGAUAUGGCAAACAGAAUCAGUUGGAAUUUUGCAACAAAGAUGGCAUUGAGUUCAGAAUUUGUACAUAUGUGUUGUCACUUUGCAUAAACUACUUGUAAAUAUAUAUAUAUGUAUAUAUAUAUAUAUAUUUAUUUGUGAUAUUGUUCCGGACAUGUACAGUAAUGUCAAUUGAAAUUGCAGUAACAUGAUUACAUAACUUGUAAAUCAUAUUCUUUUUUUCUUGAUAUAGGUUAUCUUUGUAUAAUUUUCUUCUCGAACUCA